CAGUUGCUUUCAUCUGAUCUCAUCAUCUUCUAUCUCCAGAACUGAACCAACCCUUUGACCCAAAAAUAAAUGGCGAACAGCCAAAAAACCAAAGAUGAAGAAGGGUUAGAUCAGUUACCGGCGGCUUUAAUAGCCACCGUCAUGACAAAGCUAGACAUGGCGUCGAUCUGCUCCGUCGCCUGCACAUGCAAAACCUUCAGUCUCUGUGCUUCUCACAUUCUCACUUUCAUCCCCAACUUCCACCUCUCCGAUAUUGCCUUAUCAAUUGAAUUGUUGAGACCCUUACUGCCACCUAAUCCUUACCUCACCAGUUUAAAGAUUGACUGUUCUCGUCUUGAAGAUUCUGCGAUCGAUCUCUUGAUUCGGCCGUCGUUGCGUGAGCUUUCGUUGCAUAAUUGUGCGGAUUUUGGUGGCAAAUUGCUGUCUGAGAUUGGAGGGAAAUGUGUGGAACUUAGGCAUUUGUAUUUGGGAUCGGUGGCGGAAAAGAGAGGACAACCUAUUCAUAUAUCUGAUUUGGAGGAGUUACUCACUGGCUGCACACAAUUAGAAGCAUUGACGUUGAUGUUAGAUGUUUCGUUAUUUCUGCGACAUAAUUUUGCUCGAGUCUGGGCAUUGGCCUCAGCAAAACUCACUUCUCUUGAGAUCGGCUAUAUUUCUUCAGUAAUGGUUACCGAACUUCUCAGUCCAAGUGUGGGACCCUAUCAACCACAAAACCAUGUUCGACCAUCUAUCUUGCCCGGCAUUCAGAAGUUAACCCUCUCUGUAGACUAUAUUACUGACACUAUGGUUGGCACAAUAUCAAAAGGUCUCAUGUCUUUAACCCAUUUGGAUCUUCGAGAUACCCCUUUCAUCGAACCAAUAAUUACAUUUGAUCUUACCAACUCUGGGCUUCAGCAGAUUAAUCAGUAUGGAAAACUGAAACACCUCUCAUUAGUUCGGAGCCAGGAGUUCAUCAUUACAUAUUUCAGACGAGUUAAUGAUCUCGGAGUCCUUUUAAUGGCUGACAAGUGUGCAAACAUGGAAAGCAUAUGUCUGGGUGGCUUUUGUCAAGUUACUGAUACUGGAUUUAAAACAAUCUUGCAUUCAUGCUCUAGCUUAUACAGGCUUAGGGUGUCUCGUGGAAUCCAUUUAACCGAUUUGGUAUUUCAUGAUAUGUCUGCAACAUCACUUUGCUUAAGUCAUGUUUGCUUGAGAUGGUGUAAUCUCUUAACUAACCAUGCAAUUAAAAACUUGGUAGAAAACACGCGACUUAAAGUUCUUGAUUUGAGAGAUUGCAAGAACCUUGGGGAUGAAGCCCUCAGAGCUAUUAGUGUUCUUGAUGAACUAAAGAUUUUACUACUAGAUGGAUCUGGUAUAACAGAUUCGGGAUUAUCUUGCUUAAGAGGGUCAGUCAUAAGUUCAUUAGUUUCGUUAUCUGUGAGAGGAUGCAAAAGGCUUACAGAUAAAUGCAUCUCUGCUCUGUUCGACAGCUCUUCUAACUUAGAAUUGCAGGAACUGGAUGUAUCAAAUCUUCCUAACCUCUCUGACAAUGGAGUUCUCUCCCUUGUUAAAAGCCGAGUGCCCAUUUCAGCGCUUCGAAUGAGGCAGUGUCCACUUAUAGGUGAUACUUCAAUCAUGGCAUUAGCGUCGAUGCAGGUCGAUGAAGACAGAGGUCAUGGGAGUAGCUUGCGCUUGUUGGACAUAUACAACUGCGGUGGAAUUACUCAACUUGCAUUUCGUUGGUUGAAGAAACCCUACUUUCCAAAGCUGAGAUUGCUAGGAGUGACAGGGAGCGUAAAUAGGGAUAUAGUAGAUGCUUUGGCUAGAAACAGACCAUUCUUGCACGUCGCCUGCCGUGGUGAAGAGCUGGGAAUUGACCAGUGGGAUAACUCUGACAGUUUGUAUGUACAUAUGCAUGACUAUGACGAAGUAGAUGAACUCGAACAAUGGCUUUUGGAGGGAGAGUUCGAGAACGAUGACAACAAUGAUGAAGAGAUGGUGGAUGCUGAAAUCUAUCCAGUAUUCUAGCUCCAAAUAUAAGGUGUUCUUGUUGUAUGUGUUUGUAUAGUUUGUAGUAUUUGUGAAAUUUGUAAUUUCUUGUAAUCCUUGUAACUUAUAUACGUCUUGCCAGGUUUGAACACUAUCUAAUAGCUGUCGAAUUCAUAUUCAUGUACAAAUUAUUAUGUAUACUAUCAUUAAGAUUUAAAGGAUCUUUUCUUGUAUUA